AAAAAGGAAAAAGAAAAGUUUAAGCUGCUGUCUGUGUAAUGCCAGGCCUGAUACGAAGUAGGGAGUGCAGGCCGAAAUUGAAAAACGGAAGGAGAGAAAUGCUGAUUGCCUGUCUUGUUGUAUUGCAGAGCUGUGUGUUAACGUUAAUGGUGGUUUGAGAUGGGCCGCGACUCACUACCCAGAACUCCUUCCCUUCUUCUCUUGCAGGAUUUUCGGCCUUCGAUCCGAUUGGUGGUUUUUUCGUUCUAGUAUCUCUCUGUACGCUUUUUCUGUUGAUGAUGGCAGACACAAACUCAUUUGAUGUGAUUUUGGACUUCCUGCGGAGAAAUCGCUUCACAAGAGCAGAGGCAGCUUUGUGGAGUGAGCUUAGUAAUCGACCAGAUUUAAAUGGAUCCAUGAAAAAUCUAAACAUUGAAGACAAGGACUCUGGUAAGGUGUUGGAAGGAGAAAAUGGGGGCAAAUUAAACAGUGAAAAUCAAGGGUCAGCUUCUCAAAACAGUGAUGAAGUUUCUAAGGAGCUGAUUGUGAAAGAGAUAGAGUGUGGGACUGGUAGAAAUGGGUCAGAAAGCAAUUGGAGAAAUGUUGCUUCUAUUGGGGAUCGGAGUAAGCCUGAUGAGGCAAUUGGAAAAAGUGUCAAGAGCUUCACUUUCUCUAAGAAUUCAGAAGAUGCUGUACUUGAUUUGUAUUCAUGGAACUUCAAUCCUAGCAAUGGUCCCUCUGUUCCUUAUCAAAAUGAUGGUGUGAAUAAUUCGAAGAACCUUUUGGAGCUUAAGAUUUCUGAGCAGCCAAGAAUGCGUACAACUGAAGGCACUGAUUCGGCUAAAGUUGAUUUGAUGAGUGGAGAAGAGAUUGUCUUUUCUGGUGAAAAGAGAACUUCAUAUAUCAGAAGUACUAGUAAGGCCAAUGUGGAAUCUAAGUUCGAAAAAAGAAGUGAUCCAAUUGAAGUUGAUCGGCCACUUAUGAUCAGCAGUGCAUAUUCUAAAGAGAAUGUUGUGGACAACCCAUGGUCCAGAGGUGACGAUAACAUGAAUUCAAGUUCAGAUCUAUGGAAGGAUUGUUCUGUCAAGACCGUCUUCCCAUUUUCCAAGGGGGAAGUAUCAACAAGUUAUAGUACCACGAGUUCUGAGAAAAAAGAAGGAAAAAAGAAGGCAGUUAACAUUGAUGCUAGGGCUGCAAUUAAAGAGCAGGUGGAUGAGGUAGGUAGAGCUUUAUAUUUUGGGAAGUCUCUAGGCAGUUCUGACCAAAAUCAUGUAAGUAGUUCAGGUUUUCCUCUUGGUUCUGAUAAUGCAAAGGAAGAUUUUCCCAGGCUCCCACCAGUUAGGCUCAAGUCAGAGGAUAAGCCAUUGAAUGUUAAUUGGGAGGAAAAGUUUGAGCGUGAUGUACAUGGCGAAAAGCUAACUAGUGCCGAUAGUACCUUUCUUAUUGGAUCAUAUCUGGAUGUUCCUAUUGGACAAGAAAUCAGCUCCUCGGGAAUGAAAAGAGCUGUUGGAGGCAGCUGGUUAUCUGUUAGUCAGGGAAUCACAGAAGAUACAUCUGACCUGGUUUCUGGCUUUGCAACUGUUGGUGAUGGAUUGAGUGAAUCGGUUGACUACCCUAAUGAGUAUUGGGAUUCUGACGAGUAUGACGACGACGAUGAUGUUGGAUACAUGAGACAACCUAUUGAGGAUGAGGCCUGGUUUCUGGCUCAUGAAAUUGAUUAUCCAAGUGACAAUGAAAAAGGAACAGGUCAUGGGAGUGUUCCUGACCCGCAGGAAAGAGGUCCUGCCAAAGAUGAUGAGGAUGAUCAAUCGUUUGCGGAGGAAGAUUCUUAUUUUUCUGGUGAACAGUAUUUUCAAACGAAAAAUGUGGAACCUUUUUCAGCAUCAGAUGAUCCUAUAGGGUUGUCAGUGACUGAAAUGUAUGGCAGGAGCAAUGAGAAUGAUUUAAUGGCUCAAUAUGAUGGACAAUUGAUGGAUGAAGAAGAGCUAAAUUUGAUGCGUUCAGAACCUGUUUGGCAGGGAUUUGUCACCCAGACAAACGAAAUCAUCAUGUUAGGGGAUGGUAAAGUUUUGAAUGAGUCUGGGAGGGCACAGCUGGAUGAUAUACGCAUCGAGGAGGAUCAGCAUGGUUCAGUUAGAUCUAUCGGGGUGGGGAUUAACAGUGAUGCUGCUGAAAUUGGUAGUGAAGUGCGUGAAAGUUUGGUAGGAGGCAGUAGUGAAGGAGACGUAGAGUACUUUUGUGAUCAAGAUGUCGGAACUGGCGCCUCUAGGCACUCUCCUUAUGACUCAAACAAGAAGUAUGUUGAUAAAUCUAACAAGGAUGAACAGAGAAUUAGUAAACAUGAUUCCCAUAAAUUCGUGGUAGAAAAUGAAAAAAGUGUGUCUACCCAGGUGAAAAAUCGGUCGGAUGGGGUAUUUUCAUUUCCACCUCCUCUCAAGGAUGGGGGAGCACUACAAGCAGUCUCUAGUAAAUCUUUAUGGUCAAAGAACUCUAAUGCUGUUAUAAAUGAUGAAAUUGACAGCGGCUUGAAUGCUUUGAUGGGGAAGGAUAGCAUGCCUGCUUCAUGGCAGCAGAAGAGCAGUGAUUCUUCAACUGUCAAAAGUUCUAGGGAUGACAAUAAUCUGAAUGCUGUUAGAUCAGCAAACUCCAGUCCGUCCUCCCUUUCAAAUUAUCGUUACACUGAACGUGAGCAUGCGAAGAAAGAGGAGGAUGAGAAAACUGAUCUUGCUAGGGAAGAAGAUCCUGAGGCAAUAUUUGGGGAUGAGGAGGCAGCUGCUGUCCAAGAGCAAGUAAAGCAAAUCAAGGCUCAGGAGGAGGAAUUUGAAACGUUCAACCUCAAAAUUGUUCAUAGAAAAAACAGAACUGGCUUUGAGGAGGACAAGACCUUCCAUGUUGUUCUAAACUCUGUAAUAGCCGGGCGCUAUCAUGUCACUGAAUACCUUGGAUCAGCUGCAUUCAGCAAAGCAAUACAAGCACAUGACCUGCAUACUGGAAUGGAUGUUUGUGUGAAAAUAAUAAAGAAUAACAAGGACUUCUUUGAUCAAAGCCUUGAUGAAAUAAAGCUUCUCAAGUAUGUCAACAAGCAUGAUCCUUAUGACAAGUACCACAUUCUGCGGUUAUAUGACUACUUUUAUUACCGAGAACAUUUGUUAAUAGUAUGUGAGCUUCUCAAGGCAAACCUAUAUGAAUUUCAUAAGUUUAAUCGAGAAUCCGGAGGGGAGGUUUACUUCACAAUGCCAAGAUUGCAGUCGAUCACCAUUCAGUGUUUGGAGGCUUUACAGUUUUUGCAUGGGCUUGGCCUUAUACAUUGUGAUUUGAAGCCUGAGAAUAUUUUAGUGAAAAGUUACAGUAGAUGUGAGGUAAAGGUCAUUGAUCUUGGGAGUAGCUGUUUUGAGACAGAUCAUCUAUGUCCAUAUGUCCAAUCCAGGUCCUACCGUGCUCCAGAGGUUAUCUUGGGACUACCAUAUGACAAGAAGAUAGACAUUUGGUCACUUGGCUGCAUAUUAUCAGAACUUUGUACAGGAAAUGUCCUCUUCCAAAAUGAUUCACCUGCAACGCUGCUUGCUCGAGUGAUUGGAAUCAUUGGCCCCAUUGAUCAAAGCAUGCUGGCCAAAGGGCGAGAUACAUACAAAUAUUUUACAAAAAAUCACAUGCUUUAUGAACGGAACCAGGAGACCAAUAGACUGGAAUACUUAAUACCCAAAAAGACUUCAUUGAGGCAUCGACUGCCGAUGGGGGACCAGGAGUUUAUUGACUUUGUUAGUCACAUACUUGAAAUCAACCCAAAGAAGCGCCCAUCUGCAUCUGAGGCUCUGAAGCACCCCUGGUUAUCAUACCCUUACGAGCCGAUAUCAUCUUAAAUUAGCUGAAGCUUCUCUUACUGGAGGCAGCAAGCUGCAGUGCCCUUGUGUUUGGCCGUCAGUGGUGUUUGGGAGGGAAGGAACCACAUCUGAUUUCCAAUUGAAUUUGGCUCUCUCUUUGAAGCAAUAAUUAUAAAAGUUAUUGUGUCCCUUCUACCAACCUGCACGGUGCAGUGCGUUCAGAAUUUGGUUUUGCAGGUCGUGUCUGUAUUUUCCUCCCCUUACCGCCUUGUAUUCGCUUUGCGUAAUUGGGAAUGUAAUCUUUCCCUGACACAUUGUGCUUUCAAAGGUUUUUUCAAUCGCCUGUUUUGUGAUCUGCUGGAGGGGGUAUCUUAAAAAUCUUGUUGUAUAUGAGGUGUGAUAAUUGUUUUAGGUUAUGUGCUAGAGAAAAGCUGCAUAUCCAAUUUUUUUGAUUGGCUUGCAACAAAUUGUUCCACUGUAUUAACUUCAAAGCAAGCCUUAAUCUGAGCUGUACUCUUUUAUGUAAUGCAAGCACUCUUUUUCAUAUCUUGUGUACAGAAAUGGGUUUAGAGUUGAAUUUGUAAUUUUGUUA